AUGGACACCCAGAGCCAGGGCUCCGUGGCCAGCUCGGGGCGCAAGUCCCAGGCGCGGUCCACGUACCGCGCGGUGGCCCCCAGGUCGUACGUUGACGACGCGCUGUUCGGCAACAAGGCAAACACCAAAGGCAACGGUUCGCCCAAGGACAUGAAGAAGUCGGCGCGCCUGGACUCCCUCAUGGGAGCCAAGUCCUCCGCCAUGGCGCUCACCAACUCCGCCGCGCUCCAGACGCAGCAGGGCUCCCGCGUGGUGGCCCCGGGUCUGGUGGCAGUCACGGAGAACGACCUGGGGCGCAUGAAGGGCCCGAGCUCGAUCAUGACGCCCGAGGAGAUCGCGCGCGCGAAGCGCGAGGCCGAGGCGAAGCGCGAGAAGAACCGCGCGAUUGCGAACGAGCGCCGGCGUCGCAUGGAGGAGAAGGAGGCGGAGCGGCGCGCGGCGGUGCCGCCGACGGAGACGGAGGUGCUCAAGGCGGAGCACGACGAGGGCGUGCUCGCGAAGGCGCGGUUCCAGCUCGACGAGCAGCGCGACGAGGUCAAGCGGAUGAACCAGAUGAUGCUGUACGCCAAGUGCGUGACGGUGCGCGACGUGCAGCGGCAGGAGCACCAGCAGAAGCUGGACGAGGAGGCCGAGGAGCAGCGCCGGCUGGACGAGGUGAUGGAGCUGGACCGGCAGCGCGCGAUCCAGGAGUACGCGGAGCGGGAGGCGCGGCGGCAGGUGGACCAGCGGCGCGGCGCGCAGGUGAUCCAGGAGCAGAUCCGGUCGCGGGCGGCGGAGCGCAUGAAGAUGGCGGAGAUCAAGGAGCAGGAGAGCGCGGCGAUGCUCGCGGAGAUCGAGCGGCUGCGCGUCGAGGAGGAGCAGGCCGCGGAGGAGCGGCGGCAGCAGGGGCGGGAGCUCAUCUCGACGAUCAUGGCCGCGAACGAGGAGCAGAUCAAGCGCAAGGAGGUCGCGAAGCAGGAGGAGCUCGAGGAGGACCUGCGCAUCGCGGAGUGGAACCGCCUGAAGGCCGAGAAGGAGCAGGAGGAGGCCGAGCGCAAGGAGGCCAUCAAGCGCGAGAAGGAGCUGGAGACGGCGCGGCUGCGGGCGCAGCAGGAGAAGCAGGCGGACCGGCAGGCCGAGCUGGACGAGCUGCGCGCGCGGCGGUACCAGGAGGAGUCGGAGCGGCAGUGGCGCAACAAGGAGCGCACGGCGGCGGAGCGGCGCCGGGUGCAGCAGGACGAGCUGCACCGCUCGCGGCAGGUGCAGCGCGACGCGCAGCUGCAGGCGAAGGCCGCGGAGCUCGAGGCGGAGCGCAAGGACUUCGAGCGGAUCAUCCGCGCCAACCUGCAGCGCGAGGCGGAGGAGAGGGACGCCGCGGAGGCGCGGGAGACGAUCCGGCGGAAGCACCAGGAGCAGCUGCUGCAGCAGAUCUACACCGCGGAGGAGACGCGGAAGAAGUCGCGCCAGGAGUACCUCGAGGAGGGCCGGCGGACGGUGGAGGAGUCGGAGCGCGAGAAGUCGCAUCUGAAGCUGAUCAAGGACCGCAAGAUCGCGGAGCUGCGCGCAGCUGGGGUGCCGGAGAAGUACUGCGCCGAGCUCAUCAAGUUCAACGUCUAG